AUGGAGUCAGGAAAGAGAAAAACAUUCCAAAUCAAAGCCAAGGUACCGUGUGUGAAGGGGUUCAUUGCAUUCAGAGAUGGGUUGAGUAAUAUCCGUCGAGACGCAUUCACACUCAAAUAUGGGAAGAUUCUACGCUUGUUGUCUGUACCAGUACAGAAGGAUGCUAUUACCGCACUAGCCCAGUUUUAUGAUCCACCACUCAGAAGUUUCCUCUUUAGAGAUUUCCAGUUGGCCCCGACUUUGGAAGAAUUCGGAAGAAUAUUGGACUCUCCUAAGCAGAAGAAGGGACCAUACAAGGGGUUAGGUCAAAUCCCUAAACCCGGAGAGUUGGCAGAAGUAUUAGACAUCCCAGUCAAAGAUCUAACCCCUAACAUCAAAAUUUGGGGGAAGGUACAAGGAAUUCCACAAGAGUACCUGGAGAAAACUGCUCAAAGCUUUGCUGAAGCCCAGAAGUGGGAAACCCAUGAUACUAUUAUGGCUUUACUUAUUUUUGGAUUGGUGUUAUUUCCUAAUAUGGAGAAGUUAAUUGAUGCAGCAGCUAUCAACGUGUUUUGGGCCGUCAAGGUUAAGAAUGAAGAUCCAGUGCCCGCACUCCUAGCAGAUGUUUAUCACACCUUGCACUUACGCUUUGAGAAGAAGGGAGGACUGAUAUUAUGUUGCAUACCACUCCUUUACCAAUGGUUUGUCUCUCAUGUGUUCAAAGAGGUUGAUACAAUUGAAAGUAUGGAUGGAUAUGAGUGGUCUCAAAAGCUAGUAGGACUCACUGAAAAUACCACUAUUUGGUAUCCUCACGGGUCAAAAGGGUGCAUUAACUACAACCCUAUUUUAGCAGUGAGGCAAUUGGGUUAUCCUAUCACAUACAAGCCGGACGACCAGUUGUUAGAAGGUUUUGUGUUCCAUGAUAUGGAGGAUCUCGUUAUGCUGAGGAGGGUUAUCCGAGCCUGGGAAAAAGUUCGCUUCAUAGGACAAGACAAAGGAAAGGGUGUCAUAGGGGAUAGAGAACCCUAUUAUCAAUGGGUCACCAGAAGAAGUCAAGAGAUCAAGCUGCCAUUCAUCCUCGAUCCUCCAACUAAACCUCCACCACCAGAACCCACCCCUGUCUCCAUGGAAGAAGUGGAAGCAUUGAGAGCUACUAUAGCAAGACUUGGAUGA